AUGUCUGGAAGUGAAGUCAAACUGGUGGAUGCUGGGGCUGAUGGUCUCUGCAGCACCUCUGAUGAUGUGAUCCUCUCCAUUCCGGCAGACCUGCCCACCGCAUAUGUGCGGAACGGGACUGACCCAUGGGUCUACGUCACUGGCAAUAUGAUUCUAGUGAGGUAUCCCUACCAAAACAUGGAGGCAGGAAACUAUCAUUGCCUGCAGGUGGAUCCUGCUGUCAUCCAAGACUUAGCUGGCACACCCUUUCCAGGGCUCUUGGAGAAUGACUUUCGUUUUCUCGUGGCUGCUACGCCCUUCUUGGAUGAGACAGCGCCGGUGUUCGUGGCCACGGAUCCGCCCACGGGUUCCACCAUGGAGGGGCUGCAGCUGAUUACAUUCAAGAUCUUCAUGAGUGAAGCCAUUGCUCCCUGCGACGAAACCUUGAUGGUGCAGACGGCGCAGACACCUGGAGCUCAUGAACUUUACUUGGUAUCGCUCUUGGCCAAUGGCACUGAAGACCCAUCAGGAGAUCGAUUGACAAUCAGCUUCACCCCCGACCCAAGCGUGUUGACACCACAUACCUUCAGCAUCAGUGAUUCAGUCAUCACUGUGAGCCUGAAUCGAAGCUUGCUGAUUGGACAUUCCUACUCGUUGCAGAUCCCAGAAAAUUCCCUGGUGGACCUUUCGACCACCACGGUCUUCGACAUCACCGGCGCCCCGGUGCAGAUCCCCCGGAACUUCGCAGGGCUCCCACUGGGCGAAGUGAUCUUCCAUGUGGUGGAACCGGUGCUGGAACGAAAUCCCUACAAGAAAUCAACAAUCCCCAUCUGGGCCGAAGCUGAAGUUGAGAUGCAGCGCCCCGAUGAAGAGCCGUUGAUCCCCUUCGUGGUGGAUCGCUGCUACAUUGAGCCCAACUGCUCGAAUGACAGCAAUGGCACCGUGGACUGCGGGAAUGGCACCAACGCUACGAUACUAGGUGUCUGUGGGAUGAUGCCACAGAGUGGCGAUGGCUAUUUGGCCGUGCGGGAGAAGGCACUGUGGCUGGAGCCCUACCAUUGGCUGGGUGUGACCACGGGGAAUGGAACAUCUUUCCGUGUGCAGCUGGACGUGUCUUCCGUGAACUCGCCUCCGCUCAUCAAAGCUCGAUCGCUAGCGUUGAAGGUCGAUGCGGGUCUGAUGACUCUCCUGGCGGCUGAUGAUGGCGGAGCUCCCCUGACCUUGGAGGACGAUGAUGUCGGGGAACUGUAUGUGGAGGUGAUCCUCGAACCUCAAGGAGCGCUAAGCAUACUUCCUUCAGCUUGGCGGGACUGGACUGGGCGUGUGAACGUCACCUUCGACUUCCCGCGCGUUCAACCGGACUACGGCUCGUUGGGCCAAGGGGAUUGGUCUCCCACCACGGUGGAGGGAAAGCCUGCAGGCAAGCUGUCAUUUCAUGGUGCCUUGGUGAAGAUGUCCGGCCGCGAAGGUGGUCUGCUCUCAGUGCAAGCAGCUUUGGCCAACCUCACCUACACAGCCCCUGGUGAUUUUGAAGGCUAUGGGCUCAUGAAGGUGGUGGUGCGAGAUGGGGUCUACAUGCGGGAGGACAUUGGAGAGUCGGGCGUGCGUUUGCCCAGCAGUGGUCUCCAAGUGCUCACCAGCGGCUAUGGCACAAGUGCAUUGGCCUUCGAGGAGCAUGAUUUGGACACCAUGGGAUGUGAUUGGAGUGUGCAAGAUGGUGACGGAGCCUUGACAGGUCAGGCCACAUACCACUUGUCGAUCUAUGUGAAGGACCGAGAUCCCUUGGCUUGCUCCUUCAUUGACUUCGAGGAUUGCACCUCCCGAGCCUCGGGCAGUGGCCAAUGCAUGGAUUCUGCAGAGCUCUCUGCCUCGAAGGUGGAGAGUUCCGUGUCGACGAAGAGGGGCUAUCGAGUGCUGCAUCUCUAUUCCCCGAGUCUCGAGGUCACGGUGGUAUCGCCUCUCUCGAUCUUCGUUGCCUUGCGGGGACCGUUGGAUGAGGAUGGCACCUUGGAGCUGGCUGAGCGACUCUACUUUGAGGGCAAUGCUCCAGGUCCCUUCUGGGUUACCCUCUCGGCUGAGUAUGGCAGUGUCACAGCAGAGGGAGAUGGAGUGUAUAGCAAUGGAACCAAGAACUACCUGCACUUCAAGGCCAGAAGUUUGGCCUCAGAGCAGCGAGUGGAUACGGUGGAAUGGCUCAUGGCUUUGAUGGAGAGCAAGGAGGAGAACGAGCUGCAUUUCAGGGUGAAGUUGCUGCCAGCGCAGCAUUUCUGGGGCACUGACUACCUCUACAUCGGUCUGCAAUCUUCACUCGAUCCGCCCAACGCAUCCAAUGUCGGUGGGCGCGAGCUGACCCUCGGUCUGAACUACUCCAUGCAGAUUGAGGUGGUGCCAAAGAGGGAUGAGCCGCAGAUUUAUAUGGCACAUGGCAGCACAGCGGUGGCGCAAGCCGACAAAGCGCACCAAGCCCAACUUGGAUUUGCGUCAGUCAACGCCAGCAUUGUCUAUGUGGACCUAGCAGCCACGGGCCAUGCUCGUGUGCAUGUGAAAUCUCCCUUUGGCGAACUAAGCUUCCCAGAGCUGGACGUGAUGAUGGACGAGGAAGCGCCAGGCUUGACCGAGUUCUUUGCGGAUCAGGAGAGCUUCACUUUAUCUGGAGAGGUCUCGGCUCUGAACCGAGUCCUGGCCCAGCUUCGCUUCACGCCGCCCGCGGAUUCGCCCAAUUCAGGUGCUCUCACGGUGAGCCUGCAGCGGACGCCCUCCUCCGUGGACUGGGAGUCCGAAAGCUCUGCGGGCACCUUUCAGACGGAAGAGGUGUUGGCUCAGAAGGAGAGCGCGGCGCGCGGCGAAGUGGACUUCGCUGUAGCCAUUGAGCCCUUGGCCAAGUCCAAGUUCACCUGUUUCAUCGGCGGCCCUGCCGUGACCUUCGUGAACCCAGGUGAAGAGUCGCGAGACGGUGGAGUUACAGUCUACCCGGAGGCCUCUGCAUCGGUGGAGGUCACUAAGGCGGUGGCUGAGGAGCUGCAUGAGUUCCGGGUCUCCGUGAAGCAUGGCACUUUAGGGCUGGAUGUGAACAAGUUCCCCGCAGCGCGGAUUUGUCCGCCCUUCUAUCCCGAUGUGGGUGGAUGUGCGCAAGACGAAGUGGACGCAUGGGUGAUCUAUGGGCGGAUUGCCGAUGCAGCCUUAGCACUGGAGUCCCUGGUAUAUACACCACCCAUUGGAUAUGCUGGGCAAGAUCUGAUGCGAAUUACUGGAAGCUGCUCUGAAGUGAGUCUAGAGGUGAAGAUGAAUAUCAUCAAAGGCUUCCUGCCACCAGUGGUCCGCUGUUGUGAGCACGAGGUAAUGGAGGUGCAUCGGGCUCUGGAGCCAGCACCUGUGCCGCCCGCGAUCUUGGAGAGCAAUGCCUAUGGGGAGAUCCCUGCAGUGGCGCAGGUGAGAUUCACCACUGAUCUUGGGCAACUGGCCUUUUGGCCGGUGCAAGGCCUCUACUUUGACCAUGGCUUUGACGUGGCCCCCAUCCACAACGUCUCCUCGCAGAUUGUGGCGGAUGGCCCUGGUGCCAUCGUCCAGCACGGCUUAGGCUCUAAGUUGGCCUUGCUCCACAUCCCAGAGACGGAGCCACGUGUGGAGGGAACGCUGGUGGUAGAGGUUCUUGAUGCCCGAUCUGGACUUUCCUCUUCCUGCACCUGUCCCAUCAAAGUGUCGGCUUAUCGGAGAGAAGGCCUUCCGCUCAUUUCCAUCGACAUGCCCACACCCAACACGACUUUCCUGUUGUGUCUUGCACUGCAGAAGACUUUUGCCAGAGUGUUUUGGAGUGUCUCGGGACAACCCAGCUUUGCUGCCUAA